AUGCUUCUCUCCUCCAUAAUCAAGGCUGCCGAGGCACCGCAUUGUCUCGACAAGUGCCUGACCCCGACCGCGGCUAAUAUCCUCUCCAUGCGCAUUCUCAGUGCGUCGAACAAGCUGAGCGAGGCAUGGAUGCUGCUUGGCACGUCAACGACGAGCCUCCCCCGACCAGCGACCCGACAGCCCUUCUCGCUGAAACUUGUAGCGCCCUGCGCUUGCUCUGCCCGACCGUUCUCCUCAUCCUCCGCUCUCCAGAAGAAGCGCAAGAUUGCCCCCGCGGCCAAUAGCCCCUCGCGCGCCGACAAGGCCUCCUCCCAGCUGGCGUCGUCUUCCUCGCAUUCGUCGUCAUCCGCGGGCGGCGCAGACGCUGCCGAAGACCCCCUCGACUUCAGCAGCCUCAUCGCCGCGUACGGCCCCAUCGACGCGCACUUCAAGGCGCAGCUGCAGUCCGUCCUACACGGCGGGCGCUUCAACCCGUCCACGCUCGGCGCGCUACCCGUGACGGUCAAAUCGACCGAGUCCGCCAGCGCCAGCGCCAGCGGGCAGCACCACGAGACGUUCCCGCUGCGGGAGCUCGCGCAGGUGGUGCCCCGCUCCGGGCGCACCAUCUCGCUGCUCGUCAACGACCGCGCGUACAUCAAGCCCAUCAUGUCGGCGGUGCAGGCGUCGCGCGAGUUCAACCAGCAGCCGCAGCGCGCCGAGGACAACGACCUGGAGCUGCUGCUGCGCGUGGAGCUCGAGCGCCGCGACGAGCUGGUGCGCCGCGUCAGGGAGGCGACGCAGGGGUGGCGCGAGAGGGUGCGCCAGGCGCGCACGCGCCACGACAAGGCGCUCAAGGAGGGGAAGCGCACGGGCGCGGUGCUGCCCGACGUGAUGAAGCGCGCCGAGAAGGAGCUGCAGAAGGUGCAGGACAAGAAGAUGAAGGAGAUUGACGCAGAGGAGGCGCAGACGAUUAAGCAGCUGGAGAGGCACUAA